AUGGGGUGCUCACAAUCGAAAACUAAAGCAAUAUCUAGCAAUGUCAUGGAAUUAGAAUUGGGUGCAAAAUCUAUUCAAUCUCUUUCAUACCCUAAUCAGCAAUCCGAUCGUAUCGUUGAAGACUGCAUUGUCGUAUGGCUUCUCAAUGAUUCUACCAUUGAUAUCGAAUUGAAAAAAUCUAAAUUACAACAUAUUAUUUCAACUGUGAAAAUAUUCACAGAUCAUGAAGCAUGUAUAACUUAUAUUAUGAACAUUCGAAUCGAAAGAAUAUUUCUUGUCAUAUCAACAACAGAAACAUUUCGUGAAUCAAUUCAAAAUUCACCUCAGAUUGAAAAAUUUUACAUUCUAAACUCGUCUACUCGUGAACUUAUUGAAAGCACAGAUAUCAUUGCAACAUCAAAUAUGUUUUACGAUAUUGAUUGUCUUUGUCAACAAUUAAAGAUGGAUGUCGAAAUGUGUCGACUUGACCAUUUAGCUGUUACAGCUUCAGUUUCAACAUCACAAGAUGACAAUACAUCUGCCGAUAUGAAAAGACAAGAAGCAUCAUUUCUUUAUUCUCAAUUGAUGAGAGAAAUUCUCUAUCGGUUGAAAUUUGAAAAUAAUGCUAAAAGCGAAUUUAUUAAUUUCUGUCGAUUAAGUUAUGCUAAUGACAAUGAACAAUUACGUAUAAUUGAUGAUUUUGAAAAAAAUUACCGACCACAAAAAGCACUCUGGUGGUUAACACGUCAAUCUUUUGUUUGGCGUAUCUUACAGCGCUCACAACGAGCAUUUGAAAUCGAUACUCUUUACAAACUAGGAUUUAUUGUCAAGCAUGCACAUACACAACUAAAUGUUUUCCAAGAGAGUAAUUCAUUAGUGCCAGAAAAUUUAUCAAUCGUUUAUCGUGGUAAAACAAUGAGAAAUAAUAAAUUUAAUUCUUUAGUAAAAAAUAACUGUGGCGGUCUUCUGUCGUUCGGUAAUCUUUUCAUAGCUCACAUAGAUAAAGAAAUCAGUAUUAAUUUUUUACGUAGUCGUCUAGCUACCUAUCAUCAAUCAAUUGGUAUUAUCUUUGAAAUACAUAUCGAUGGGAAGGUAUACAGUAGAAGAAGCCCAUUUGCUGCAAUAGACAAAAUACAUGUUGAUGAACAGAUUGAAAAAAAUGGAAUUUUAUUUAGCUUGAAUACAGUGUUUCGAAUCGAUUUCGUUGAAAAAUUUAGUGAAGAAUCGAGAAAUAUCAUAUGGACUGUUAAAUUAAGCUUAAUUGAUGAUGACGAUCAACAACUUCUUCAUCAUGUAGCAUCCUUACGAACUGAUGAAAUACAUUAUAAUCCACUUUCGUACAUAGGUAAACUAUACAUGGAUAUGGGAGAAUACACAUAUGCUCAGCAAUUCUUUAUUGGAAUGCUAAAAGAUGCUUCAGUUCGCAGUCAACCACGUCGUCUCGUACGCGUACAUUGCGGACUUGGUGCUAAUUAUAUGAUAACAGGCGAUUAUAUCAAAGCAUUAGAACAAUAUGAGCAAGCACUCGAUGUUAGCUUGAGUUAUUUACCGCCUAUGCAUAUUCAUCUCGCUUCUAUUUAUGAAGCGAUCGGAAAAUGUUAUUUUCAUCAAAGUAAUUAUAUCAAAACAGUAGAAAACUAUGAGAAAGCAGCUCAUAUAAUUGAACUCAAUGCACAAACAAACAAUGAACAGUUUACCAAUGAUUUACAAACUCGCAUUAACAGUAUUAACAAAUUACUUAAUGAAAAAUGA